GCUGGCGCUGUGGUGCCCACACCCACCGGGACCCCUCUGCAGGUGUGUUGGCGCAGUCCUUCCUCCAGUGUUUCACGAUGGCCAGUGCCGCCUUCAACCUGCAGGUGGCCACGCCUGGGGGAAAGGCCAUCGACUUCGUGGGGGUGACCGAGGGCAACGCACGCUGGGUGCAGGACUUCCGCCUCAAGGCCUACGCCAGCCCGGCCAAGCUCGAGUCCAUCGACGGUGCCCGCUACCACGCCCUCCUGAUCCCCAGCUGUCCUGGGGCCCUGUCUGACCUGGCCAGCAGCGGGUCCCUGGCCCGUGUCCUGCAGCACUUCCACUCUGAGAGCAAGCCAAUCUGUGCCAUCGGCCAUGGGGUCGCCGCCCUGUGCUGUGCCACCAACGAGGACAGAUCCUGGGUGUUCCGUGGCUACAGCCUGACAGGGCCUUCCGUGUAUGAGCUCGUCAGGGCCCCUGGCUUCGCUGGCCUGCCGCUCGUGGUGGAGGACUUCGUGAAGGACGCGGGCGCCAGCUUCAGCGCCAGCGAGCCUGACGCCGUACACAUCGUGCUGGACCGCCACCUGGUCACAGGCCAGAAUGCCAGCUCCACGGUCCCCGCCGUGCAGAACCUGCUCUUCCUCUGCGGCAGCCGGUGAGGGCCGGGUGGGCGCAUCCUGCCACGUCAGCAGCGCGGCCUCACGUGCUGGUGCUCAGCCCUCGAUCCGUGUCUGUCCUGCAGGAAAUGAGCCGCCUGAGA